GAAGUUUGUCAUGUAUUUUUGCUUUCUUCAAAACAAAUCGCAUUGAUUCUAGGAUUUCUGAGUAUGUGAUCAUGAUCCUAUCAUGUUCAUGUGAUUGAUUUUGAGAUUUUUAUGAAUCACCACUUUGUCUCUCUCACUCGAUUUCUUCCAAGAUUGGUAGCCCGUUUUGGUGAAUGAAGACUGUUGACACGGCCAAAAGAAACUGUCAAAGGUUUUUGUAUAUACAUAGCCAGAAUCCCCAACCAAACCAUCCUAGAUCAGAUCCCACCAUGGCUGCCAAGAAUAGGUGGCUUCCAAAGCGUAUAAUCUUGGUCCGCCAUGGCGAGAGCAACGACAACGAUGAUGGCCCCAGUCACAGCACCCCACUGAGCCGGCGGGGGGCGGAGCAGGCGAGGCGAGCAGGCACCCGCAUCCGGGAUCUCCUAGACCAAAGUUGUUCCUCCUGGAAGAUCUACGUCUACGUCUCCCCUUACGAGUGCACGAGAUCAACGCUGCGAGAGAUGGGGCGCGCUUUUCCGGCCAGCAGAUUGAUCGGAGUGAGAGAAGAGUGCAGAGUGCGAGAGCAGGAUUUCGGGAAUUUUCAGGAUCCCCAGAAGAUGAGACAGCUCAAGGAAAUCCGCAACAAAUUCGGGCGAUUCUUCUUCCGCUUCCCGGAGGGAGAAUCGGGAGCCGACGUCUUCGAUCGCGUGUCGAGUUUUCUGGAAUCAAUGUGGCGGGACAUAGACAUGCAGAGGUUCCCGCUCGAUGGGGACGAUGAGCUGAAUCUGAUAAUCGUGUCGCACGGGCUGGCCAUCCGCAUAUUUCUGAUGCGGUGGUUCCGAUGGACGGUGGAGCAGUUCGAGCGGCUCAAGAACCCUAAGAACUGCGAGUUUCGGGUGAUGCAGCUGGGGGAGGGCGGCGAGUACAGCCUCGCCGUCCAUCACGACGAGCCUAGGCUCAAGGCCUGGGGCCUCUCGCCCGACAUGAUAGCGGAGCAGAAGCUCAGAGCUUCCACCAGGACCCACCACGACUUUCUCUGGUAUCACACUUUCUUUGCCCCUUCUCACGACGACGCCGACACACGUGUCACUGCCUAGGCUAGGAUAUUUUGUAUUAGGUGUAAUUAUUUGCUAAUAAUUGUGCUUUCGCACCAACGACGUUAUUUGAUACGUGUUUCCAUGUCAUACCAAAGCAGGAAUUUGACAACAUUUAUUUUCUUCUAA